UAGACAAUCUUUCCUCAUUUCGUUAACACACUCACAGCACCUUUAAGCGAACCAAUAAUAUACAGAAGAAUUACCCCAAAGCAACAAACAGCAACAGUAGCUAAAUGAAAUACCCAAAAUACCCUUAAACGAAUAGAUAAAUAAAUACACAUAAAUAAUUUUCCAUUAUUAAAAAGAGCUUGAGUAUAUCCGUGUGUUGUUCGCCGACUAAACUAUUAAUCAGCUAUAUUUAAUCAAACCACAUUUAAUGGAACUGAAUGUCAACGUGCGUGUCUAGUGCAAAAAGCUGAAUCCCUCGCCUUGUUGUUAUGGCUGUCGUCGCCUGAAACUUUAAACGAAAGAAAAGUUUGGCAGCCAUGAAAUCCCCUGACUUUGAUAACAAACUGCGCGUAUAAGCUGCAAAGGGAAAUGAGCACACAGGGAAAAGCCAUUGUGAAACUGUGAAAGUGUAAUCAAAUAAAUUCCCUCGCAGAAUAAUCCGAGUAGCUGAACAAAGGUCAAUCGUAGAAAAUGUGCAUAAGAACCUGCAAAGACAUCAAAUUCGGUGACAAUAGCGACGGAGGCCAUGAAGGUGGAAAGAACAUAGUCAUCCGUACAUCCAAAUCGGGCUACGAGCACUUCCAACUCCAACUGCAGCUGCAGGCCAAGCAAAACAAGCAAAAGCACAAAGGCUGCAAAUUGCCCAACUUUAAGAUUCUCAUGUGUUGUUGCUACUUCAUCAUCAUAGUACUGAUGAUAUGAGAACGGAGGGCAAAGCUGCCAUGCAAUGAAACUGAAUCUCCAACAAAAUGCUCCAAUUAUAUAGAUAAAUGCCAACCUAUUGACACCACAGAAGCGAACCAGAAAUUAUAGUUCAACUAAACUCAUAAAAAGAUCUCAUUCGAAUGCUGUCUAAGUGUAAACCAUCAGUUAUUUCAAUACAUGUGUU